AUGGGCUCUAGGGCUCAGACUGGACUCCUCUUGGUCCCUUCUGAUGCCCUAGGCCUGGGCCUUACCUGGGGCUCUAGGGGCCGGCCAGGGUUUGCCUCCCUAAAGGCGCCCGGAGAACCAAGCUUCCGCCCGCAUGUCGCGCAGCCACACCACCGCAAGCGCAACAAGCCGCGCCGGACGCCACCCUUGCAGCAGAACGAAGGGCUGACCGACAACCUGGUCGUCGACUGCGGGCUGGACAAGCACAUGACCAUGGUGCGGAGCGGCGGCGACGGCUGGUCGCCAGCGCCUGCCGCGACGGUCCGCCGCUACCACACGGACGCGUACGUCGCCUUUCUCGAGAAGAUUGAGCUGCACGGCAAGGAGGUGGCCAAUGAGGCUGCAAACUACGUGCUCAACAACUCGGUCUGCUUCAGCGAGACGGCCUGGCCGUACGCGCAGAUCUACGCGGGCGCAUCCAUGCACGCCGCCGAGCUCCUCGCCACCGGCAAGGCGGACAUCGCCAUCAACUGGAGCGGGGGGCAGGCGCACGCGCGGCGUGACUGCGCGUCGGGCUUCUCGUACGUCAAUGACGUGGUGCUGGCCGUGCUGACGCUGCUGCAGAGCGUCGAGCGUGUGCUCUUCAUCAACGUGGACUCGGUGCACGCGUCGGGCGUCGAGGAGGCCUUCUACACCACCGACCGCGUCAUGUGCGUCUCGCUGCAUCGCCACGGCGACGGCUACUUCCCCGGCUCGGGCGGCGCAAAGGACGCGGGCGAGCGGGCGGGCAAGGGGCACAACAUCAACCUUCCCGUCGAGCGCGGCUUCAGCGACGCCGACCUCGAGGCCCUGCUCCCGCCCGUCGUCGAGGCGGCGGCCGCCCGCUACCAGCCUGCUGCAGUGGUGCUGCUUGCCGGCACGGGCUUGCUCUCUGGCGACCGGCUCGGCUGCAUGAACGUCACGCUGGGCGGGUACAGCAAGGCGGUGGAAUGCGUGCUCGCGCUGCGCAGGCCUACGCUGCUUCUCGGCGGAGGGGGGUACACGACUUCGAUCGCGACGCGAGCUUGGCAGCUGUCCGAGACCGUCAUGGGGAACGAGAACGGUGCGGCCGCGCUUGCCGCGACGCGAGAGGCGGCGCUGGAGCGGAUCGCGUCGACGCCCGCACGAGACCCUCCUGUUGUGCCGUCGCCGCCCGCCGCCGCCGAGGCGUCCCUGCCCGCCGACGGUGCGGCGCCGGCCGGAGCGGCAGACAAGACGGCGGCGGCGGGUGGGAGCGACCCAGCGGCUGCCGAGGCGUCCAACGGCACGCCGUCCGCCGCCGAGCCGCAGCCUGCCGCCGCAGCGCAGGCGCCCGCCGCAGCGGGCGGAGACGCGCCACCGCCCGCCGCCGCCGGUCUUGCCGCCUCCGCGCCGCCCGCCGCAGCGCCCGCGCCGCCGCCGUCCGAGCCGGCCAGCGCGGCCGGUGUGCCGCCCGCCGCGCCCGCGGGGGCGACGGCGGCGGAGCCGAUGGACGUCGACUCACCGGAGCCGCCGCCGCAGCACCUGCCUCCGCAACAGAGCGGCGGCGAGGCGGCCGCCGCUGGCAUCGUUUGA